GCUCAGAGCCGGCGAUUCUUAGUUCUCACACUGCCAAACCCAAAAAAUUCCCAUUAGAGAGAGAUGGAGAACAAUGCGAUGAAGAUUCUCGAAGAGAUCAAAUCUUCCGAUCUUAUCGAGAAUCGGGUUCAACUACUCGCACGCCUUAGUCAGUUAGAUUUAGAAGAGAAUUCUGAUUUUCCCUCUUUUGUGCAGAACCUAACAACACUCUGGGAAGACUUCACUUGUCUUGACGUUAGCCAAUGUUUGUUGAACAAGGCAAUUCUGCCUGUUACUUCUAAAUACCUUGCUUUGGAUCGGCCUGAUUGCUCACUCUACUUUCUUGCUUUUGGUAUUAAGGUAAGCCAAUGGUGUGCAAAACAUUUAAAUAUGUCUGUAAUGUCGAUGGAGGAGUCUCAAGAGGAAGAGCAUUCCAACAUUUUCUUUCAGCUUCUUUUGGAUUAUCUUCGCUUUUCUGCCUCAAGUUUUACUGCUAUUGGAAAAACAUGUUUCUUGAGUGAUCAGGCCUCAGCUGUUACAGUUCAUAAGUUUGUUUCGGAGCAGCUGAAUUUAAUAAAGGAGGUGGUAUUGAAUGCCAAGAAAGUUGAAUCCUUUUCCUCGGAGAUUCUUAAGGCUGUACAAGUAGUAAUUGACUCUAUUGUUCGUCUGUGCAAAAUGUACUCCUCAACAGUGUAUCAGGCCGUAAAUGAAAUCAAGACUAAUGAAAUUGUUGGGAAGGCAAGGAUGGAGGGAGAUAACAAUGUGUGUAAUUUGGUAAGCAUAAUUAUGCUGGGAGUUAAAUCUCUGAGUGAAUUGGGUAUGCUUGCUGCAAAAGAUGGUGGUAAUCUUGUGACCAUUCUCAAUACAUCAUGGAAAGGUGUGAUUACAUUGCUUCAGAUAGAUAAGCAGGCAGUGGUAUCUAGGGUAGAUGUAGGAGAAAUCAUAUUAAAGCUAAUAUCACUGAUCAAGGAGUCUCUGGGAUUUGCUGCUCAGGCUUGGUUUUGCUCGGCGAAGGAUAACAUAUCUGCAACAGAAGCCAGAAGGGUCUUUCUUCCUGUGAAGUUUUAUCUUAUCAAUGCUGUUAAAGUUGUGGCGCUGUUUCCAAGCCAAGCGUCUAUGGUGUUCAAGGAAAUAGCACUCUGCACCUUGAUGACCUCUGCUUUCAAAUUUUCACUGAGCCAACAGUCCCAUGGCAAAUCGGCUAGUGAAGUAAUGACAGAUCUUCUAGAGAAAACGACUGUAGAUCUUCUAAGUGCAUUGUUGAACACAGCUGAAAUAACACAAGAAGUCAGGAUCACGCUUCUUGAUUUUUUGUUCAUAGAUGAACAGGAUUUUAACAAACAGAGCCAUGAUUCUCAGACAAAAGCAUCAUUGGUAGAUGUCUUGCCUUUAUCUGUCGAAUCCACGACAAGUACCUGCGGUUUGCUCCUGGCCCGGGUUUUACUGUUCCAGUCUGUCAUGAGGUAUUCUUCGGAGCUUGAGGAAGUUGCAAAACUUGCAAUCACCAAAAAGUUGUAUUGGCUUCUCGACGUAUUAACAGAAAAAGAGGUUUACACUUCAGUCCUUUCCUCUCAGCUUCCAAUGUCAGAUGGUUCUGGGAAGACAAUAAUCUGGGAAUCAAUGUUUUCAGCUCUGCUUCUGUCUCUUAAAACCCUUAUGAUUAUACUGUCUUCAACUCCUGCCUGGGAGGAGCUUGAAACAUUCCUACUGCAGAACCUCUUGCAUCCUCAUUUCUUGUGUUGGCAGAUAGUUAUGGAACUUUGGUGCUUCUGGGUUCGUCAUGCCACUGAUGAUCUGGUGGCUGCUAUGAUCGAUAAACUUUGUGGUUUCAUGAUGUCAAUGUCAGCAUCAGAGACGCCGCUUUGUCCAGAUUCCGUUCUCAGAAAAACUACAAAGUCCAUCUGCUUUCUUCUUACCCACAUCCCCAAAUCAUUAAUAGCUCGGGUCUACACAAACGUUUCUACUGAGAGCAGAUCUGACUCUACACCAGAUGUAUAUCUAGCCUUGUUACUAGACGGAUUUCCGCUGAAUUUUCUGCCAGACAAAAUCAAAAACGACGCAAAGAGACAGAUAUCUGCAGAUUUCUUCCACUUCAUCAAGAACUUCAAUGAGAAACCAUCACGUUACUCCAGAUACACUGUGCUAGGAGCUCCAGUUUUCGCACUCUCUGCUUGCCUUCGGAUACUAAAGAUGAGCAUGUCAGAGAUUGAUGCCAAAACUCUCAACUUUAUCGUCGCACUCAUUCAAAAGUACAGAAGCUCCAGAGAUGAAACGACGAAGGAUCAUUACAGUGACAUUCUCAGUGAAACGCUAUCAAUCAUCUCAAGAAACGAGCAGCUAUUCACUUGCCAAGAGAUGGAUAAUGUCUUAACAGAGCUUCAAAAGCUUUUCAAUUCAGAAACUGAUAAUCGUCAUCUGCAUAAAUCCAAGCCAAAUCUUGCUCUCUUCUUGUCAGGACUUAGCAGAUACGAGAUGUCUGAAAUCGAAACCUGUCCAAAGAGCCGCGCGGUUUGGGAACUAUACCACUUGCUUCUGAGAAAACGCCACUGGGUUUUGGUUCACAACGCAGUCACUGCGUUUGGACACUUCUGUGCACGUACAAGCUGUAAUCAGCUAUGGAGAUUCGUACCUGAAGAUGCGGCUCUUGCCUUUGAUAUACCUUUUGGAAAAGAAGCAAAAACAGAGCGGUUCAUGUCGGAACUAAAAAUAUUUUUGGAGAAAGAAGAAGCGCUUCUCUCAAUCACACCUUCAGAAGAGGAACUCGAGUUACUUUCGAAAGAAGGCACCAAGGUAAAGGCAACAGUGCAGAAGCUUGUAGAAGGAAGAAGGCAGAGGCCAAUGGAAGUAGAGAAACGACGGAACAAGAAAAGGAAACUACCAGAAGGAAUAUGCAGGGGAAUGGAGUUAUUGCAGAAUGGAGUGAAGAGGAUUAACGAGGGUUUAAGCGAGUUGAGGUCAGAUGAAAAUAGGAGUGAAGAAUUCCAAAAGAGUUUAUUGAAUCAGUUUUCGUGUCUUGAAGAUCUGGUCUCUCAUUUGUUAAGCCUCACUGCGGCUUCGGACUAAGGUGUGUUCUCAGAACUGUUAGAAAACGAUAACUUUUUUCUCUUAUAUCUCUGGCUUUCUUCUUUUCAAAAUUACUUAACAAGACGAGAAGGUGAAA